AUGGAUCUUGUGGAGUGUGGUUCAGGGAAAAUUCAUGAAUCUAUUGAUAAGUUACCAUCAUCUGAACAAGAUUUGAAAACACAUUCUAAAGAUGCACAAAGAUCUGAAUUAUCCACAUUUAAUUCUUCAAUAGGAGUGUUGCUUUCUUGUUUGGGUUGUGUCAUAGGAACAGGAAAUAUAUGGCGAUUUCCACGUAUUAUUGCCACAGCCAGUUAUUCUCAAGGAAGUUUAACAUUUCUCAUUGCUUGGGCAAUGUCAUUAUUUGUUUGGUCUCUGCCAUUAAGUAUUGUUGAAUAUACACUGGGUCGAUUUACUCGAACAUCUCCACUUGGUGCAUUUCACAGAUUUUUGGGCAAUAAAUUAGUAUGGUUGGGAGGAUGGAUUGUUGCUGUAACUUAUAUGAUCACUGCUUACUUUUCAGUCAUUGUUGGUUGGUGUUUAUAUUAUUUCUAUAAAUCUUGUGCAUUGUCAAGUUUACCGAGAGAUGUAGAAACAAGUAUUAAAAUUUUCAAUGAGUUUGCACAGGAAUCUUACUGGCCUGCAUUAACCCAUACAUUAGCUGUUGUUAUUGUUGGUGGAUGUAUAUUUGGUGGUAUAAAAUGGAUUGAAAAAGCCAAUAUGGUAUUAGUACCUAUGUUAUUAGGUAUAUUAGUUUUCACAUUCGGAUGGUCAUUAACAAGAAAAUAUUCAGAAGUUGGUAUUACAUUUUUAUUUACUCCAUACUGGGGUAGUAUGUUUACUCCUAGUUUAUGGGUUGCUGCUGCUAGUCAAAAUGCAUUCGAUACUGGCGCAGCUAUGGCUUUAUUCAUUUCAUAUUCGUCAUAUUUUAGUCGGAAAAAUGGUGCUGUACGCCUCGGUACCAUGAUUCCAUUAUGUAACAAUAUGUCUUCCAAUAAAAAUAAUAAUAACAUCACUAUGAUGCCUUUACUCUGUGCACUAACAAUUUUCUCAACUGUCUUCUCAACUUUAAUACAAACGUCACCAACAUUAACACGUUCUGGCAUCUUGAAAAUAAUGCAAUCAAAUGGACCUGGUAGCACAGGUCUCACAUUUACCUGGAUCCCUGUCCUAUUCGCCUAUGUUGGUGGUCUGGGAAGAGUUCUCUGUUCAUUGUUCUUCUUAUCUAAGGACUUGGGCUUAAGUCAUAGACAAGCUGCAUUUGCUGGUUUAUUCCUCACUCUUGUAUUUGGUAUGCCUUCUGCAAUUAGUAUAAAUGUUCUUACAAAUCAGGACAAUGUCUGGGGUUUCGCACUUAUGUUAUCCGGUUUAUCUAUGGCUGGUUUAAUAAUAAUUUAUGGUCCAAUGAAAUACAGAAAGGUCAUUGUUAAUGAUUUUGGAAUCGAUGAUUGGAAACUUCCAGUUGUUUGGGUCUUCAUGAUAAGUGUUUUGGUACCUUUAUCCGGAACCGGAUUGAUAAUUUGGUGGGCAUAUGAUUUGAUAAAAUCUAAUCCUAAAUGGUAUCAACUUACUUUGGAUUCAAUGACUACUACAUUACUUGAGUGGCUCAUUGUAUUUCUCAUUUUAAUAACUGUGAACGCUAUAGCAGUUUGGCGAAAUAUUGAUUUCUUUCAUAAAGAUAAACAAAACGGUUAUGAUCCUCACAAUCCAGAUUAUAUACCAAAAGAUGAAUUGCAGUCAUUUGAUGAAUUCUUUAUUGUAUCCUCGGAUAGUGUAAAUAUUAGUCGAAAUCAAAUGCGAACACACUUGUAA